UAAUAACUUUCGCAUUCCCGUCGCUUUACAAAUAAAUUAAAGGAGCUUUUUAACGACAUAUCGUUCUUGAGUUUAACGGAAGAUGUACAAAGUAUGGUAUUUACUGAUUGGGUUAAUAACCACGCACAAUACAGAUGGUGACAACAUCCGAGUCUCACAACAAUCUGGUGCAGAUAACGUUAUGUGUGGUUCAGCUUCAACUCCUUGUAAAACAUUUAUGUAUGCUUUCACACAUAGAGCUGUGGAAAAUGAUUGCAUUCUGAUAGAUGGUGGGGGUGAUUCACAUCAUCCGUUAAUUUACCACAUCAAUUCUUCGUUGCAUAUCAAGUUCAACUUAACAAUCAAAGGAACAUAUCCUUCUCCUGUUUUUGCAACAAACGAGAAUAGUAAUGGCGACUUCUCACUUUUUAACAUCAGCAGUUUAAAGAUUGUUCAUUUAUGUUUUGAAGGAAUCUAUUUUGAGAACAUAUCUCUGGUUUAUAUCUCGACAGAUGCAAAUUUAUCUUUGUACAACUCUACAAUAACAAACAACAAAAACCCUUUAAUUUCAUUUGCAAGUAGAUGUGACCGAUUUAAAAAAGUAUAUACAAUAAUCAAGAACUGUUCGUUUGUCAAAACAGGUCAGUUAACAACAACUUUGAUUGAUGUGGCUUAUACACUCGUUAUUCAAAAUAGCACUUUUUUAAACGGUAGUAACAUUUUGCAUCUUCAAGUUUCGAGUUUGAAGAGAAAGGGAAGUGUGGAAAUAGACAUAAGGCGCAGCAGUUUUGAAAACACACAUAGCCCGUUGUUUCUGUUUGGCGAUACGAAACGGAAACACUCCACAUUGAAAAUACGCAACUGCAAUUUUACCAACACUUCUAAAACUGGUGCCCCAUUAAGAAUAAUCAGCAUUAAACAAUUGAUCAUACGUAAAUCGAUUUUUGCAAAUAAUCGUGGUAGCUCAGCUGGAGCACUUUUGAUUAGCGAUGUCCGCCUAUUAAUAAUAACGGAUACAAAAUUUAUAAAAAAUAGAAGUGUUAAAUUUAACGGCGGGGCUAUAAUGGCUAGACAUGUAAACACUGCUUUUAUGGAUAAAUGUUUAUUUAUUAAAAACAGUGCGCAGGUGAGUGGAGGUGCUAUAUAUAAAGAAAGCACUGUUCUAACAAUUCGAGACUCGAUAUUUGAUAGUAAUUCAGCAAAAUCAGCGGGAGGUGCGAUAUUUGGUGAUGCGAAUAAAAAACAUCUAAAAUUAUGGAAUGUUAUAAUGUAUAGUUCUAUGAAAAAUAAAAAAGUCUAUGGAAGUCUGGUAAACGGCGGAAAUUUAAUCAUGAAGAAUGUGAAAAUGGUAGUAAGACCAGUCCGGGGCAUAAAAUACGUUGACGGCCUUAUUAAGGUCUUUGGUUCAAAUCCUGGAUAUGUUAAUAAUUUUACUUUCAUUUGUCCUGCUAACAAUAAAGUUGAACUCAACAAUCGAGAAUUCUUUUACGCUUUGUCAGUAACAUGUUCAAGAUGCACUAGAGGAAGUUACAGUUUAGACAAUGGCCAAGUUCACUUUGGAAAUAAUCCCAAGCUUUAUGUAAAACAAAAUGUAACUUGCAAGAAAUGUCCUAACGGAGGCAUGUGUGAUGACAACAUUCUAACCAGUCAAGGCAAUUUUUGGGGAUACGUUACAACAGAUGGUGAUGUACAUUUUAUACCCUGCCCUCCAAAGUAUUGUUGCAAACCUGGAAAGUGUGAAAGUUACAAUUCUUGCUACAAACAUCGAGAAGGGAGAUUAUGUGGAAGAUGCGAAAAGGGAUAUUCUCUAGACGUCUUCAGCCACAACUGUGUUUUAACAGAUCAAACAAAUACAAGUAUUUUCUGGAUUAGCUUCGUCGCCUUAGGAUUUACACUGACCUAUACACUGAUGUAUAUGAAAAAAAUAUUGAUAGUAUGCAAAGUAUCCUUUUGUAAAGUAAUAAACCUGUUUAGGAAGUGUAAAACCUUGAAAAAAGACCAAAGUGGAAAGGAUGAUAUACCGUAUUUGUCCAGUAUCAAUAACAUAGUAACCAGCAAUGAAAACAUUCCAGAGAAGGGUUUUAAUACGGGUACGAGCGUGAUGGGUUAUGUAAAAAAUUUAUUUAUGUUUUAUCAAACUGCUUCGUUGUUGCAUGUCGUUCAUCCUGUUCAGCAUGGUUUCUUUCUGCAGAUUAAAAACUUCUUUUCAGUAAUACUUACUUUCAAGUGUUUGAUUUACGAUAAUUUAUCAAGGUUAUCUCCAUUAAAUAAUAUGGGUACAAUUGAAAGUGUGCUUAUCGAUGCUGGUUUUGCAUUAAGUUUGUUUGUUAUUGUGUUGUUGUCAUAUCUUGCAUACCUUGCCAUAAAGAGAAUAAAAUCAAUCGUAGGGAAAAACAGGGGUGUGUUGACUCAGUCGACAACCGUUACAUUUCCCAUCAAAUUAAAGCAAACUUUUGUCCAGCUGCUUUUUCUGUGUUACAUUCGCAUCAGCAACACGGCUUUCAAAAUGAUUCAUUGCGUCAAUAUUCAGGAACAUAAUUACUUGUAUAUACACGGAGAUAUUGCAUGCUACACCUAUUGGCAGUACAUUGUCAUAUCGUUUACAAUAAUUUGGGUUUUCCCAUUUUCGGUAGCUGUCUUCGUGGCAACUAAAUUAUAUGCAAAGGGUCAAAUCUCAACUCGGACAUUUUUCAUCGUACUGUUAUUUCCUCCUUUAUUUUUGCUUUGUUUGAAAAUAAAAUCCACUGAACCAACUGGAGAAAGCGAACAAGACCAAGUUGAGCAAGAAAGUAUACUAAGUGUAAUCAAUGGACAAUUCAGAAGUGUAAUAAAGGUAGAAGAAGAAAUCAACCAACGUCAACAUGAGAAGAGAAUAAACUGGGAAGCAAUAUUAGUUGUCAGACGCCUGGUUUUUGUUGCAGUAAGCAUAUUCGUAAUCAAUCCUCUGUCUCGUUUAUACCUCAUGCUGCCACUUUUGGUGUUUGUGCUUUUGCUGCAUUGGUACGUUAAACCUUACCACAGCGAUAGAAUGAACUUAACGGAGACUGUGUCUAUAUUGCUUCUCCUGAUAUUAACGACAGUGAAUUUGUUUUGGGCUUGUGACUAUAUGAGUCCACUUACAUCAAUAGCACAGUACGACUCCAUUGUUACUGCCCUGGGAUAUGUCGAACACUUGAUAUAUAUGUCACCAUUUAUUGCUUUGUUGUUAUUUUGUGCAUGCGGUUUGAUCCAGAAGUUAUGGAGAUGUACAAAACAAUGUUUUACAGUACAAACUUAAGGAUGAGAAUUUUUUUCCAGAAGAUAAGUAUUUGUAAUUUUCAUUUUCAAGAAGAAAUUCUACAAUAUGAGUCUUUAACAA